AGAGUUGCAGGCCCCACCGACUGAACCAGCCAAGCACCGUGCAAAUCAAUUUUUUUAAAAAGUUUUGAACAUUAAAGCACAAAAUAAAAAGAACACAGCACCAUGCCUGGCUGUGCCAAGCCCCAGUAAAUGGGAGGUGUUUUUGUCCUUCCCUCUCUCCUCACCAACCUUUGCUGGUCGCACACCUCUCGCCCCUGCCACCUGUAAGAGCGGUCUUCACCCACCACCUCCUCCCCUGCUUCCAGUCCCACCAGCCACCAAAACCUUCCAGUCUCCCCUCUCCGUUUUCCCAGUGGCUGCCCAGCUGUGUCCCACCCUCGUGUCUCUUCCUUCCUAAAAAGUUAUCUCAACUUCCCCAACACCACCCUUUCCCGGCCUUCCUUCUAGCUCUCCCCUUGCUUCUUUUCAGGCCCCUGCCGCCUAAACCGGGGUCUUCCUUAGGGUCCCAGGCAGAUGUCCCCGGUCCUCUCACUAGAUGUAGUCUCCCCGUGCGGGCUCCAGGCGCUCAGGCUUCCAUACCACUUGUGCUAAUAGCGCCCCACCUCUGUCUAACCAGACAGCUCUCCUAAGCUCCAGACCUAGGUCUCCACUGAGGACCCCAAGGGCUCUUCUCUACCCUGCACAGACUCACCCUUGGGCUUCUGCUUUUCCCAGCCACUUUUCCCUCCAGUCCUCUGAACUCUGUCACCAUCCUCCUGUCUGAAGGUCUCUACUCAAGCCCCUCACCUCUUCCCCCCAACCCCUUACACUCCCUCCACCCUCCUGGUGAAUUCCUACUCAUCCCCUGCAGGCCCCAGCUUAGACAGCCCGCCCUUCGGGAACCCUUCCCCACUCCUGGGGUUCCAUCAGGCCCUUCCACAUUCCCUGUCAGAGGGCACAUCACCCCAGACCGAGUUUCUUAUUGCCCCAUUGGCCUUUCCCACCAGACCGUGAGCUCCUUGAAACCAAGGACUCUGGCCAUCUGUUCAUUCAUUCAUUCAUUCAUUAAAUAUUUUCUGUGCACCCGUGUCAGGGCAAACAACACUGCUAAGGUGAUGGGUGCAGUGGUGAGCAAGUGGCCCAGGUUUUAGAUUCUGGCGGGAAGGCUCUGAGUAACCUGGUGGGAGCCUGCAGGUGUUGGGGGCGGGGCUGGGGAGCGAGAAGGAGGUGAAGGGACCAUAUUUCUGGAGCAUGGCCAGCCUUUUGCUAGGGCUCCCUAGGGUUCACUGAAGCCUUCUGCUUAAGCAGAGCCUUCUUUUUAAAUUUUUUUUAAAGAUUGUAUUUAUUUGGGAGAGAGAAAGAGAGCACAAGCAGGGGGAGGGGCAGAGGGGGAGGGAGAAGCAGACUCCCCGCUGAGCAUGCAGCCUGCCGCGGGCUCCAUCCUAGGACCCCAGGAUCAAGCCCAGCUGACCAAGCCACCCAGGCACCCCUCAGGGCCUUCUUUGUGGGGAGCGGGGGGGAAGACCGCACGAUUACCAGAGCCUUCCAGCUCAGCGGAGGGUCCCCAUGAGUCCAUCACAUGAAGGUUUAUGCUCAGACGGAGGGGACAGGCUUGCCUUGACCAGGAAAUUCUGUUUUGUUGCUUAUUUAUUUUGAAAUAAAUUAUGGGGGGAAAAAAGGAAAUAUUUAUGGACUCUAGGAAAUUGGUCCAAUAGUACAGAGUCCUGCGGGCUCCUUCCCUCAGCUUCCCUUGGUGGCGAUGUUGUCACAGAUAAAUACCUGAGGGCUCUAUCAGCCCCAGGAAAUCCCUGAGGGCCAUUAGCUAGACCAUAAGCCUAGUUCCGUGUCUCUGUGCAUGUUUGCCCGUGUGCGUGUGUGCACAGCUGUUUCUUUCUUUUUUUUUUUUAAGAUUUUUAUUUAUUUAUCUGACAGAGAGACAGAGAGCACAAGCAGGGGGAGUGGCAGGCAGAGGAGAAGGAGAAGUAGGCUCCCCGUGGUCCUGGGAUCAGCAUCUGACGCUUAACUGACUGAGCCCCCCAGGGGCACAGGGGUUUCUAUGAAGUGUUACCUCGUCUGUAGACCUGUGUCACCACAAGGGCCCCCAGAUGCACAGCAGCCCCCUCCCUGUCCCCCUGUGCCCUCCCCGGGGGGGGGGUGUCUUUCCUUCUGUUCAGCAUCCCACCCUUCUGGUUUGCCAGCCCCUCAGAGCGGGAUCCCAGGAAACAGAAGUGCACACGGGGAGGUCGGCGUGUGGAUUUAGAUGCACGGAGUGAGCCCCCAGAACCCGACCCCCAGCCCCCAGAAUGUUCCUUCUGCUGACAGCACUCCAGAUCGUGGCUCUAGCCAUGGCACAGAGCCAAGGGGAUGAGAACAAGAUAAUAGGUGGUUACACAUGCAUCCAGAACUCUCAGCCAUGGCAGGCGGCCCUACUGGCAGGUCCCUUUCGUCGUUUCCUCUGCGGAGGGGCCCUGCUGUCAGGCCGGUGGGCCAUCACUGCCGCUCACUGCGCACGCCCGGUCCUUCACGUAGCUCUGGGCAAGCACAACCUGAGGAACUGGGAGGCCACCCAGCAGGUGCUGCGCGUGGUUCGCCAGGUGCCACACCCCCAGUACAGCCCCCGGACCCACAAUAAUGACCUGAUGCUGCUGCAGCUGGAGCGGCCCGCUCGCCUGGGGAGGGCGGUGAGACCCAUCGCCAUAGCCAGUUCCUGUGCCGGCCCAGGGACUCCCUGCCACGUGUCAGGCUGGGGCACCACAUCAAGCCCCAUUGUCAGGUACCCCAACUCCCUGCAAUGUGUGAACAUCAACAUCUCCUCGGAUCAGGAGUGUCGGCAGGCUUAUUCCCAAGCCAUCACCGCGGGCAUGGUCUGUGCAGGUUCCCCCCAAGGUGGGAAGGACUCCUGUCAGGGUGACUCCGGGGGACCCUUGGUGUGCAAAGGACAGCUCCAGGGCCUUGUGUCCUGGGGGAUGGAGCGCUGUGCCCUGCCCGGCUAUCCCGGAGUCUACACCAACCUGUGCAAGUACCAAACCUGGAUCCAGAAAACCAUACAGAGCAAUUGAUUGCUGGUUUAACUGAACACCAGCUGCCCCCUUGCUUGCCCAGACCUUGCUCUCUGCACUCAAGACCCAGGAGUCCCGGCCCCCAGCCCCCUCCUCCCUCAGACCCAGGAGUCCUGGGCCCCAGCCUCUUGAUCCAGACCUCUGGCCCAGGACUCUUCCUUUCCCAGAGACGUUCUUGCAGGAUUUCUCUCCACAACCCCACAACACCAUUAUUCAAGGCCCCUUAGAUGCAGGAACAGGAGCAUGAAGGCACAAAACUGGCACCAACCCCCAAAGAAGACAUUUUUCAAAACUCUUAGUGUCUCUAAAAAGCAGAUAGGGGUGCCUGGGUGGCAUAGUGGUUAAGCGUCUGCCUUCGGCUCAGGGCGUGAUCCCAGCAUCAUGGGA